UACUGUAGAGUGCGACACGGCGUGCUGCAUGGUGUGCGUGGACUCGUCGAUACUAUUUUCAUAAACAAAAAUACUUGACAGUUAGCGAUGUCAUUCCGUGGUCGUGGAGGCGGUGGAGGUUUCGGGAGAGGUGGAGGCAGAGGCGGACAUGGAGGUGGCUUCCGAGGAGGCAGAGGUGGUGGCGGUGACAGAGGACGAGGGUUUGAUCAGGGACCCCCGGAGCACGUGACGCCCCUCGGACACUUCGAGUGGACAGUGCAAGACGAUCUUGUUGCUAAAGUUGAUAUUGAACAGGUCCCCUACUUCAACGCUCCCAUUUACACGGAGAAUAAACAACAGAUUGGAAAGAUUGAUGAGAUAUUUGGAAACAUUCGAGAUUACUACGUCUCGAUCAAGCUCAGUGAUAAUGUUAAAGCAUCGAGUUUCGAGAAAAAUGUCACGUUGUUCAUUGACCCCGGAAAGCUCCUCCCACUCCAGAGGUUUCUCCCAAAACCCCCUGGCUCAAUAGAAAAACGCCCAUCACGUGGCAGAGGGGGCUCCAGAGGAGCCCCAGGAGGUAGAGGUGGUUUUGGUCGAGGUGGCGGCUCCAGGGGUGGCUUCGGCGGUCGUGGGGGUGGCAGAGGAGGCUCAGGCGGUGGAUUCCGUGGUCGAGGUGGUGGUGGCGGAGGUUUCAACAACCGCGGGGGAGGAGGUGGAAGGGGACGAGGCAGAUGGUGAAAAUUAUAUUCCACAGAAGUUAGCAGAAAACGUGAAAUAAAAUAUUCUCUCUUUUUUAUUACUGAAAGACUUAAUUAUUACCACCACAUGCAUCCUGUAUAACGAAAAUGUUGUUUAAAUAUUUCUUCGAAUGCAUAAAUGUUAAUUUCAACUGUA